AUGGUCGCGUCAGAGCAAAUCUCACGGAGCAAAGACUCUCAGGGGGAUGCUGAAAAAGGAGACGUUGUUAGUCAGGUCGUCAGAGACACUGACGAUCAUCUCGAUCUUCCUGAGCGAAAAGACUCAGACGGUUUCCAAGGGGGUGUGCAACGUGUGAGAGCCAUUACCUCGGUUUGGUCUACCAAGACGUUGAUUUUAACUUUCGUACUCCUUUAUCUGGUUUCAUUUGUGGAUGCACUUCUUACCUCGGUCCAGACGUCCCUGAACCCCUAUGUCACCUCGUUCUUUAACCAACAUGGCCUUCUGGCUGUUGUCGGCGUUGUUUCCACUAUCCUCGGUGGUUCAUCAAAACUCACCCUCGCUAAAAUAGUUGACAUUUGGGGUCGUGUCGAAGGUUUUCUCAUUAUGCUUUUCUUAGUCACCAUCGGGUUGAUUGUCAAAGCCACGUGCAAAAACGUGGAAGCAUAUACUGCCGGGCAUACAUUAUAUUGGGUCGGUCAUAUUGGAAUCCUCUAUGUUGUCGAGAUCAUGAUUGCCGAUAUGACCUCACUCAAGAAUCGAAUGAUUAUAAUCGGUCUCAUGGGAACCCCUGGAAUCGCCUCCACCUUCGCAGGUCCCAGGAUUGCCGAUUCGUUCUGGAAUGAACUGAGCUGGCGAUGGGCAUUCGGAUCGUUUGCCAUUAUGCUUGUUGGUGUCUGCUUUCCGAUAUUCGCUGUGAUGAUGAUGUUACGGCUAAAAGCGGAGAAGAGUGGAGUGUUGAAGAAAGACGAAUCUACAAGAAAAUGGUGGCAGUCCAUUGGUCACUACGCCAUCGAGUUCGACAUUAUUGGAAUCGUCUUGAUAACCGCAACAUUUUCCCUGAUUCUUCUACCAUUCAGCAUCGCUGCGUAUGCCCCCAAGGGAUGGGCUAGUGGAUACAUAAUCGCCAUGGAAGUCCUCGGUGUGGCUUGUGUUCCGGCGUUUUACUGCUGGGAGCGUUUCUUUUCUCCCGUGCAAUUUCUCCCGUGGAGGUAUUUGAAGGAGCCAACAAUAAUUGGGUCAUGCUGUUUAUAUUGCAUAAUGUUCGCGUCGAUCUUUAUUUGGAAUGCCUAUCUCAGCUCAUAUCUUCAAGUUGUGAACAGACUGAGCAUCGAAUCGGCCAAUUAUGUUGUCUCUGCGAUGUCUCUGACCUCAUUCAUAUUAUCACCCGUUAUUGGAACAAUUAUCCGAUUUACUGGCGACUUCAAGUGGACCUCCAUGGCUGGAAUUCCGAUUUUCCUUCUUGGAACCGCUCUCCUCAUUCCAUUCCGCCGGCCUGAUACUCAUGUUGGCCUCAUUACUUUGACUCAAGUUCUAGUCGGUGUGGGGUCUUGCAUAUUCUCAACUUGCGGUCAACUUGCUGUCAUGGCAGUGGUUAGUCACCAAGAGAUAGCGGUUGUCACAGCCGUCUGGGGCUUGUUUGGUGCUAUUGGGGCUGCGCUUGGUUUCGCCAUUGCGGGUGGGAUGUGGAACAAUAUCCUUGAGAGCCAGAUCAAUGCAAGACUACCGGAGGAGAGCAAGCACUUGAGUGCAAGCAUCUUUUCUAGUCUGGUAACCCAAAUGUCUUAUGAAGAUGGCACCGCUGAGAGAGCAGCCAUAGUUGGUGCGUAUGGUGACGUUCAGAGAAAGAUGGUUAUCGUGGGAGUUUGUCUUACACCCAUCUGUGUUCUUUGCACCUAUUUCUGGCGAAAUGUCAACGUUAAAAAGCUUCUCAAGGAGCAGACAGCUGGCAAUGUGUGGUGA